CACGGCCGCACGCUGCAUCGUAGAUUCGGUUAUACGUUAAUAUAUAUAUUCAAAACUGGUGGUUUAUAAGCAAAAAUGAAGGCUAAAUCCAAAUCAGGGGAGUGUAAUCUGCAUCAUAUACAGUUCUAUAACUUGCUGCCCCGAGGAAUCAGUUGUUCCGCGGUGAAUAGCGAGAACAGUAAACUUGCACUGUCAAGGGACGAUGGCACAAUCGAAAUAUGGAAUUUAUCGGCAGCCCCGUUCCUGGAGAAAUCAAUCCCUGGUGGUGAGAAUGUGUCUAUCGAGGGACUAGCAUGGGUGGGUGAUCGGCUAUUCUCCGUUGGUCUUGCUGGUGCACUUCUUGAAUGGGACCUUCGGCUGCUUAAGGUGAAAACGUCUCUGCUGUUAACUGGCGAUGCUGGCUGGUGCUUGGACGUCAGUAAAGACGCACGCAGAUUAGCCGUCGGAACCGAAGGGGGGUACAUAAACAUUUAUGAUGUUGAGCAGGAUGAGAUCAAUUACGAGAAGAUUUUGGAUAAACAAGAGGGAAGGAUUGUGUCCAUCCGUUUCGAUUACAGUGGUGACUUUUUGGUAACUGGCUCAGCUGACGCCGUCCGAGUGUGGAAUGCGAAGAAAGGACAUGCGAUCCACAAGAUGACAACCGGGCGAGCGGAACGAAACAAAGAAACCAUUGUGUGGGACAUUCUGGUUUUGAGAGACUUUACGAUUAUUUCGGGAGAUUCCAGAGGCAAAAUUAUGUUUUUCGACGGAAAUCUUGGUACAUCGGUUGAUUCCAUUUCCGUAUCCAAAGCAGACAUUUUGUGUUUGGCUAUUGACGAUGAGGAAAAGACUUUGUAUGUAAGUGGCAUAGAGCCAAUUGUGCGACUCUUCCAGCGUGUCGAAGUUACGAAGGCCAACGAGAAGGUCAAUAGUUUCACACGGUCCAUCAGCAGGAGGCUCCAUACUAACGAUAUUAAAACAUUAGCAUUGCUCCGCCACGAGUUGCUUUCCGGUGGGGUUGACGGAACGCUCAUAAAAAGUAUGUUCCCUCCGCUAACAGUUGACAAAUAUAUUCCUCUUCUGGAGGCACCCAGUUGUGUACUGGUAGACGAAAGUCGAAUGGUUCUUCUCAAAUACGUAAACUAUUUGGAGGUUUGGACAUUGAGUUCACCUUCGGUUGAAAGCCAAAAAAUUUUGCAGAUCAGAAGCAAAUUAGAUGAACAUAUCGUUGCUUCGUCCAUUUCUUCCAACGGACGGUGGAUCAUUUACUCAAGCGAGUCAAAGGCACGUUUGUAUCGAUUCGAUUACGCCAGCGAGGGUCAAUCGCGUCUAGUCCCCAUGCGAACGGUUCCGGAUCAGUUUGAUCGGUGCUAUCGUGUUGAGUUCACACACGACUCGAAAGGAGUAUUUUUGUUUAAGCACGAAGGAACGAUAGAGUAUUUUACGUUCACCGAAAAGGAUGAUUUCGACCACAAACAGACCAUAGAGACGGAAAAAUACUUCGCGGACAAAGUUCACCUGGCCGCCAUCUCACGAGAUGACAGAUUUCUGGUAUGUGCAAGUCUUUGCACCGCAAUUAUUGUAUUUCAGCGACAGGAGUCGGACAAAUGGACACGGUUGACUACACUGCCCAAGUACAGAAUGCCACCAACAGCCAUUGCUAUACAUCCCAAUUGUCCGAUUUUGGCAGCGGUUUUCCCCGAUCACAAGAUCUUCCACUAUGAUUUUAGCGAGUUUAAAUUUACGUUUUCUUCAUACUUGAAGCUAGAUCAAUUAGGAGGAUCUUUGAACAAAGCCGUCAGUGACAUUGUGUUCGAUCCCAGAAACGACGAUGCGAUGAUUUUGCAACACGAUUCGGACCUGUUGGUGUCGGAGUUUGAAGACUGUGAUUCGAGUUAUUCAGAAACCAAACGGAAGAAUUGCGGAGGCAAGAACGGUAGCGAGGAAGAUCAAACACCUAGGCGACGAUAUAGUAUGAAGGUUCUGAAGAAGUACAGUCGGUUGGUGUGUACGCGAUGGUUAGGAAACGAUGAGCUGGUCGUAAUAGAAGCGAAUCCACUAUCCAUGGUUGAAUAUUUGCCGCCGGCAUACAGGAGAAAGGUAUUCGGAGCGGCAUAGUUUAUAAAAAAAAAAGAAAAAA